UUUCGAUCGGGCGUGGGAUUCUAGUCAAAGUGCAUAGCAGGACAGAAGAUGGCUUCCGCUAGACUUCUGUGUGUUGUUAGGCAGGACUUUUACCAGCAAAUGCACGGUUUGGUAUCGAGAAACCUCCUCCGAAAACAAAAGAUUAAAACCCUCGUUUGUCCAUGCUCUCUAUAUUCCUCACAAACCAAAGAUUUUUCAGAUGCCAGAGUGGAAGUUCGGAAUGGCCUCUCUGUGUUUACAGUGCCUUUACCAUCCAGGAGAGAGAAUUGUGAAUUCACACUCAAACCCGUAUCACAAACAGUGGGCGACCUCCUGAACUUUAUGGUGCAAGAGGACGGUGGGAUAGACCGGGCAGCAGUAUACACCGAUGAUGGUGUCAGGAUAUCUCAAUCCACAACCAUAGAUGUUUUACUGAGAAACAGCUUUAAACUUGUGAUAAACAGCACUGAGUAUGACCUAAGAGCACCAGAAGGGUUUGAUACUACAACAAGUGAAGAUAUAGAAGAAUUGUCCAAUGCCAAGAACCUGAUAGCUCAUCUCUACUCCACAAUGAACGUAGAACAACACCAAAUAGAGAAAGAGAGACAACUCAUGCAGAAACUAGAAGGGCUUAAGCUAGAGUUAGGUCCCAUGGAACAGAAAAUGGACAAGCUAAAUGCUGUGGCCAAGCGGCGUACAACGUUCUUGUCAUGGGCGGGUCUGGCUGCCAUGGGGGUCCAGUUUGGUUUCCUUGCACGACUGACAUGGUGGGACUACUCCUGGGAUAUCAUGGAACCGGUCACCUACUUUGUGACUUAUGGCACAACCAUGGCUAUGUUUGCGUACUUUGUUCUCACUAAACAGGAGUACAAUUUUGUGGAAGUAAAAGAUCGCCAGCAUCUAUUAUCUGUACAUGACAACGCAAAGAAGGAAGGGCUGGACGUACUGAAAUAUAAUGAGCUGAAGGACACCGUGGCCAAGCUCGAGUAUGACCUCAAACGAUUGAAAGACCCACUCCAGCUUCACGUCCCCAUGCUGAAUCCCUCCAAAGACCUGCAGGAAUGAACAUUAAAGUCUGAAGGCUAGGAGAAUGUAUGAUUAGAUUGGGUAAUGAUUUAGUCUGUUCAAAUGAAUACAUAUAUAGAUAUAUUCUAUACUGUCAAUAUGAUAUCUUUGAAGUCUAUUCAAGUUUUUGCUCCCUUUAUGCUUGCAAAAUUAUAAAAAUCUUUGAGCCUUUUUUUUUUUUAAAUUAGAACUUUUUGAUAUAUUAAGACUUUCAAUGUGUGAAGAAAUGAACAUGUGUAUAUUUAAGUUAAGAUUUAUUUAUAGAAAACAAAUUUUGAUCUAUGUGUACCUGCUGAUAAGAGCUGUAGCUCACCAUGUCGCUGAACAGACGAGAUCCCAAUAUAGGUCCUACACCACCAUAAAGUAGAAGCUCAUUUUGUAGGCAUGAUAGAUUUGAAUAAGUAGAGGCAGCAAAAUAUCAAUAAGGUCAACAAACCUGUUGCUGUUUAUGUAGGAGAUCUGAUUAUGCAGAAAGUAAAUAAGAAAGCACAGCAAUAUUAUUUGUCUGAUAAAAGAAAACGGAGUGGUAAAAUAUUGUGAAAUUUCUGAAUAUGAAAAAUUAAGAUGACAACUGUCAUGGUCAACAUGGAGUUACCAUAAAAUUAAUGUUGCUUUUUGGAUAAAACGAGAAACAGUAAUACUGAGUAUGGUUUCCUAGUCAGUUUUGGUCAGUUCUACAGCUUAUGGCAAGAGAAAGUAACCCUGUGAAGAGAAGGUUAAUAAAACUCUUGACAUGUGAUAAAACUGUGAUUCCUUCUGGGCCAGUCCGUGUCGCAUCAGAUUUCGAGAAGUUUUCGUCCUCCCCUGAUGGUCACUGGUUGUUGGUAGUUGUCUGUGAUGAAUUUAAUGUUUCAGUGUUUGUUCUUGAUCACGAUGACUAUAUAUCUGCAUUAGUGUAGUCCUUUCAGAGGCUUUGACAUUUUGAUGUCUGUAGGAAGAGUUCAGUUGUAUGCAUUUCUGAAAGUUGAACAUUAUUGCAGCUGUAGAAAAUGGUUCAAGAUAUAAUGGAUCAAUAAGGUAAAAAAAAAAAACCCAUCCUAUUAAAUGCAUUGAAAGCAAAAAAUGCCACAAACAAACACGGAUAAUGCUGAUAAUUUGAAGCUUUGGUUUAUUGGUUUUUCAAGUCAUUUACGCACACUAAGGGUGAUUUUCCAUUAAUAUUGCCUUGCCAGCAGUGUUUCUUUACUUUACCGUAAUUGCUAAAUGGCAACAUAUUUUUCGUUUUUGGGUAAGAGGGUAACACCAGAAUUGGACUAUUAUUAAACCAAGAUUCACCCCAUCCAUAGAGACAUGUAAUUCACUAUAACAAAACGUGCAUAUCAGAUAUAUAUACCUCGCUGACGAUAGUCUGCAGACUUUCUGUAGUUUUGUUAUAUAUAAGUAAUUCAUAAAUGUCUACUUACUUCCUGUAUUAUCAAUCAAAAUUUGCUGUUCUCUUUCACGCAAACAUUUUUUUUUAUUACUUUGCUGCUAUAUUAUAUAGCAUUUAGUAAACCCCCAUUUUGCACUCCCCUAACAAUUAUUGAAAUCUGUCUUGUACUACCAUUCCUGAACACAUGCUUACUGCCUUGUCCAAAACACAUCCUUAUCUCAAGUUUUUUGCAAAGUUGAUAAAAGAAGCUGACAUUGAACUUAAUGUACUUAUAGCUCUCUAUAGAAUAUUAUAUAAUUAUAUGGUAUGAUUUAUAUGAUGAAGCUGUAUAAUUUGUAGACAAAUACAAGAUGUAAUCAAUUUGGGGAUUUUUUACUCCAGCCAUUUUGUGAUGAGCACACUUUGUGUGACAGGUAGUGCUAUAUGUAUCAAACGAAUUCAACAUGUUUAUGUUUAAAUUUUUCCAGCUUUGUUUAUUUAAUGCUUAAGCUUGUAUGUUGCAUAGUUACAGUGUCAUUGAUCAAAAUUUGACAGAUUUUUUUUUAAAUUUUGACAUGAGAAGUAAAUUCGGGUUAGUGAACAAAAUGAAUUCAACAGUGCAAAGCAUAACUGCUAGAUACUGUUUACCGUAUGUUCAUUAUCUGCACGGUAGUGUAUGGGUACCGCACAAUGUGAUAUAUACCAAGAUAUUUUUCUACACCCCUCAUAGACAGUAAAUUGUAGAUCCUCCCCCAAUAGAAGAAAAAUAUGUAAAUCUGAAUGUUAAGGUAUGUAGGAUUACCCGGUUUAUUUUUAGCUGUACUCUACACUUGUAGCUUUCCUUUGACCAAUACCUUUUGUUAUUAUUAUUUAUUUUCUUUCAUUCCACCUGUGACCUUUCGAGGACAUACCCGUGUUAAUGAUUUUAUUUCUUUAGAUAUUUAUGCACCUGAUUCCUUACAGUUGUCUUCUGACGGUUUUGUGGGGGUAUUUAUAGAAUGUUUCUUUAUAUAUAUAUAUACACACUUAUGUCUCUAUUAUUCAUCCUCCAUGUGUUAGUAUCAGUUACAUUGACUUUUUAUAUUAAAAAAAUAAUGGAAUAA